AUGCAUUUUUCCACGGUGAUUAGUGACAAUUCCGACGAUAGCACCACUGCACCAGUAGCACCGACUGGAACUGUGAAUAGCGAAAACUUCAUUCUGGACCAUAAUCACCCACUUUACAUGCAUCCAUCAGAUGGACCAGCUUCGUUGUCGAUUGGUUUAUUAUUAAUUGGAAUGGAGAAUUAUACGGUGUGGAAUCGAGCUAUAAAAGUAGCUAUUCUAGGAAAGAAUAAACUUUGUUUGAUCAUACAGCUAUUGAACAAAAGCUCAAUUGGUGAAUCAAGUGGCAUUGUGGCAGUAAUGGCAGGAGGUGACACUAUUAAGAAUAUUCUAUGUGUUCAUGCCUUCAAGUUCAAUCUUUUGUCUGUCUUCAAGGACCUCUUGUCUGGGAGGGUGAAGGAGAUUGAUAAUCUGGAUAUGAGAGCAUUCUAUGAUCAUAAUAAUGUAGAUCAUGAGGAUUCUAUUCCUUCUGUAUCAGCUCCUGCUGCUGAAUCAGGACAUUCAGAGUCCCUUCCAAUUCCUGCAUCAGCUACAGCUCCUAAGUUACCUGCACCACUUGUUGAUGAUGUUAGAAAAUCAAGCAGGAUUUCUAGACCUCCCAUUUGGCUUAGUGAUUAUGUCAGAUCUGACAAAGCUAUACAAACUAAUAGUUGUAGAUAUCCAAUAGGUGUUGUCAUAGGCUAUGAUCACUUGUUUCCCAAAUAUCAAAGCUACUUAUCUCGGAUUUCAUCUGAACAAGAACCCAAUAGUUACUAUGAGGCUGCAAAAGAUAAAAGAUGGAUUGAGGCUAUGGAGGCAAAAAUAAAAGCAUUGGAGGAUAGCAAAACUUGGGAGAUAGUACUAUUACCUCCAGGAAAAAAGGCUAUAGGAUGCAAAUGGGUGUGUAAUAUUAAGCACAAGGCAAUUGGAGAGGUUGAAAUGUUAAAGGCACGAUUUGUGGCCAAAAGGUACAAUCAGAAGGAAGGAUUGGAUUACCACGAAACAUUCUCACCAAUAGUGAAAAUGGUAACUAUCAGAAGUGUAAUUGCUUUAGCUACUGCUAAGCAUUGGAUCAUCUACCAAAUGGAUGUUUACAAUGCUUUUCUACAAAGUGAUUUUGAUUGA